GGUGCCGCUUCGUGGACGCAGCCAAGCCGAGCAUGACACUCACCAGCCGGACUGCUGCCUCGUCUCAUCCGUAUCCAGCGCUUCGCACAUGCGGAACAUGCCGUGAGAUUUCCCACAGGCCCUCGAAGGCACCUGGUUGUGUGUAACCGGGAGGAGGAGGAGGAAGAAGAAGAGGAGGAAGAAGAGUCGUGGCGGCGAACAGACGGCAGAUAAUGACGCGAUGGCUCCCGGUGUUGUAGAGCGAGCAAAUCGGAGCUUCUGGCGCCUUUAACGAGAGGGAAACACCGGACUUUAUUGUGUGUUCGACACAGAAACUACCGCAGCCGUAAGAAGAAAAAAAAAAGGAAACCGCUUUCUGAGAUUUCCCUGAACCGCAAAGCAGCUGCAGUGCUGACCACAUCAUCAUCAUCACCACCGCCACCAGCCUGAGGCUUUCCCAGGAGGCUUUGCAGCACGGCGAAGGAUGCCACACCCCCCCAGAUGGUGACUUGUACAGGUAAGGAGUCCCAGUGAGAGGAGGAUCUGAACGUGAAACUCCACGGGCGCGUCAUGGUUUCCCACCUCCUCACACUGCUCCACCUCUGUGUCUCCCAUUGUCCUCUAAUGGUUUGAUGGAGAGCCGGUCGAAUGUCCGCGGGAACGAUCGUCAUAAGCGGAGGAAUUCUCGCCGGCGUGAUACUGCUGUGCAUCGUAGCAGUGCUCUGUUACUGUCGACUCCAGUAUUACUGCUGUAAGAAAAAUGACUCUGAGGUGGACGUGGGCUCCGUGGUCGGCGCGGACCCCCUCUCGCACUUCCCCUGCAGCACCUGCAACGCUCUAGCAAUGGACGGCGCGGCGAUCACCCCCGUCUCCCUGGACCAGUUGGACGCGGGCUCCCACCACAACCACUGUCCCACAUGUUCGCCGUACCCCGUCCGCUCCGCGCCCGCGGACGACGUGCGCAACGGGGGCGAGCGGCUGGGCUUCCACACCUACUACGAGAACCCGUCCUUCUCCCUCCCGCCGUCCUCCAACCCUCAGCGCUCGUCCCCUGUGAGUUACUACGGUCCCACGGACAUGUUCCCUCCCCCGCCACGGCCCUACAGCACCCAGGUCUGACGCAGACACAGACUUUACUUAACACACACCUGGCGUUCCCGCGACAACGCCCUUUGGUUGGGACUAGAUUCAGGUGAUGAUUAUGACAUAGCACAAUAACACGCCCACGUUUACUGCACAAUGCUCACUUCAGAUUCAUUAUCAUCCGGGGGAAGGGACUGAGUAGAGACUCUGUGUGGGCAACAAAUCCUCUGAUCCUGCAGACAGCCGCUUGUAACAGCGUUGCAUGAGUGGGUAUGUGUUGCGUAACUCGAGUGCGGCCUCAGGUUGAUCCACGCUGGGCCACAAAACGAAAUGGCACCGGGGCUACGUUCACAUUAGCAGGCUGAAGUGAUGUGUGUGGACACAGGUAUCAGAUCUUAGAUCCGAUUUAUAUCUGAUGCACGGAAUCUGAUCCGUGUUGAGUUGCAAGUGGAACAAAAUAAUGAGGUUGUUCUUUUUUUUUUUAAACAAAAUAGUAUCACGAGUUAAAGCCAAAAUAUCAUUUUAGUCUCGAAGAGUGAAGAGAACAGAUCUGUACACUUAUCACACAGUAAUCAUUUUAAAUCUGUUUUUUUGAAUAAAAAUGAGGAGAAUAAAGAUGUAAAAAUUACCAUUCCCUCUGAUAUCGUGAAAUCAAAUAGUUAAUAGUGUGAACGUAGCCUGUUUUGCAAAAUAAUAUACGUAUGCUAACCUCUUCAUCCCGGUGUAACAGACCAAAUUAACCCCUGCCCAGAAUCAACCCAGCUAUAGGGUAUACUCUGGCUCAGACCAGAGUAUACCCGGGGAAUAAACUGUCCUGGACCAAGUAUAUAAAGUAUAUAAACAGUAUAUAAACUGUCCUGGACCAAACUAUAACUAUCUUGUUUAGGUGCCAGUGAUUUAAACAAUUUCAAAUUCCCCCUGUUGACAAUAACCACAUGAUUUAUCAUCUUUUCCUAUUAAAGUUUAGUUUUUGUCAAAUCACUUGGACGAGUUCUGAGACGGCUGUUUGAGUCAUGAAGGAAGUAGAAUAAAAAACACAAAGUAUUGCCUCACAUUUUCUCAAUCAUUUUCAAAAUAACUUCCCCAGAAACUUCCUGAAUGUUUCAUUUUCUUUUUAGCGCAAAGGAAAGAAAUGAAAGUACAGGAUGUUGAUAUUCUAUAGGUUCACAUGGGAGCUGUUUGGAAAUGAUGCCACUGUGAAGGAAACCAAACCAUGUGCAUUUGCUCCAUUAAAUACGAAAUAUAAAUAAAAAAGCCUUAAUAUCAAAUCAUCCAAUACAAAACUGACAAUUAUUGAUUAAUAACGAGUGAUUUUAGUCUGGGAAAACCUUUAGUCAUGGGAUUAGAAAACUAAGAUAAGCCACGGGAAUUCCGUUCUCUGACUGUGUGGAAAUAUCAGUUUUUGUUGUGUGUAUGUUUUUUGUUUUUGUUUUGUUUAUUUUUCUUGUCAAAAGUCAGUUCAGGUCAAAUUUUUGUCAA